GCUUGGCUGCAGCUCCGGGCCACCGGGCUUCACUGGCUGAGACGGUGGGAUUGCCCCAGGAGCUUCAUCCUGGGAUUGGUGCUGGACGCGGGAGAGGUCGACCAGAGACAGGCCCAAGCCCUUCCAUUAGGAAGGAAAGGAUUUAUAGGAAUGAGCUAGAGAGUGCUGGCAAUAGUGAUGUUGAGGGGAACCUUGCUAAGGAAUUUCCAGGAUGGUUUAGGAAACAUCUUGCCACCGAAAGGUUUGUGAAUGGAGAACAAAUCAAUGAAGACCUAUAUGCAUUGGCAAGUCAACCACUUCUUAGAUUUCGUAUAUUUUCAGGAUGUAUUGUUGAUGGUGUCCGAUAUCACACCGUGGACCGUGAGAGAAAUAGAAGAACACAAAAUAGUGGAGUCAUGGUUGAGGGGUCACAUAAUGGAGAAGAUAUAGACUUUUUUGGUCAGUUGAAAGAAGUAAUACAGUUGCAGUACAACUCUGAUGCCAACAGUCAAAGGACAGUGGUGUUAUUCAAGUGUGAUUGGUUUGAUACCUGUAGCAUGAAGUCUAGGAUGGAGAAUGAUGGAUAUUUCAAAAGCAUCAGCCAUGGCAGUUGUUGGUACAAGGGUGAUGCUUUCAUCCUUGCCACCCAGGCAACAAAGGUUUUCUACUUGGAUGAUAACAAGCAUGGUGAACCCUGGAAAGUUGUUCAAAAAUUUUCUCAUCGGCUCUUGUGGAAUGUGAAUGAAGAAGAAAAUGAUGACGGGCAAGAGGGAGGGGUUGAUCUGACAUACCAAGAUGAUGAGCAAGAAAUAUCUCUAGUUCAAGCUCAUGAAGGAUCUUCGGUCAACGAACAGCCAGUCAACGAAGAAGACGGUAUCAGUGUAGAGGCAUCCUUAGUUGAUCAGAUUUGUAGGCAACAGGAUCUGGAAGUUGAAGAACAUGACCUGUACAAUGAUGAUUAUGAUGAUACCUUAGGGCAGUAUGAUAGUGAAAAUGAAUGUACAAUUAUAAUCCCUAAUGAUGAUGGUGAGUAUAGUGAUGUUGAGUAAUUGAGAUCUAUGAAUCUCAGUUGUGAUGAAAUUGUUGUUUUUAAACAGCUCCAAAUGUUUCUUAGAAGCUGAUGAAUUCCAGCUGUCCUUUGUGAACACAGUUAUGUUUUUAAACAGCUCCAAAUGUUUCUUAGAAGCUGAUGAAUUUGUGAGCUGUAAAAUAAUUACCAUUUGUGAACUCAGUUAUGUAAACUCCUGAAUUGAGAUAUGUGAAUUCCAGCUGUACUGUGUU